UCAUACCCUGUUAUCAGUUUCUUCUGCACUUGGACAAAAUGAAGAUCGUUUAUGGCCUUGUCUUUACCUUGGUAGUCAUCUUUAUUUUUAUGGAAUUAAGUUCGCAGUCUAGCAUAAGAGACGAACUUAUGAUGAGUAGUAAGAUUGGCGACUCUUCUGGAAAAAAUAUCGAUGAUAGUCCACGCAGAGCGCAUCAGACUUUGCAGCACCUAACCACAAAAGACUUUUUCGAGUUCCCUCGUGGUUGCAAUCUUUACUACGCUACAGAAUACGUCAACUACACACAAAAUGGCGAAGUCAUAGUCAAAUCUUUAGAACUUAUACCAUUCAACGUCCGAUACAAGGUACAAAAAAACGAGUUCAAUUGGAUCUUUGGAUUCCUUAAAGACGAAUAUCUUGAAAGAUUAUUUUUAGAAGGAAAACUUGCGACAAUUAGUGCAAAAUUUCCACACCGUUCGAGGUUCCUUACUAAAUCAGAAAUUCGCUUUUUGAUUGAUUAUCCAAAUGGUCUAACGCCCUUGUAAUUUGAUGUAAACUUUUCCAUGCACACUCGAAUUUUGAUGAUACGAGCUUCAAAGAUCCGAGCGCUCCACAAAUACGAGGGUCUUGACGCCAAAGGAGCAAGCAUCUUUUUUUUUUACUGUCCCUGCCCUAUUAGAGUCAGGCCCGCAACGAAUGCGAGCUGCAUUGCAUUCGCCGUACGCAUGCGCGUAGUAGGCCUAUGUGCGCUCUCUCGCUUCACCCCCGGAAUCUAAAAGUCGCGGGAGUGGGAGCCCCUUUCACGCUCGUAUUCUUGGAGUUCCCGAUUCCCGAGGUUCUCGUAUUUUUGAAGUUCCAGUUUAACUCGACGUGGUCCCGCUGUAUCAUUGGAAAUUAAUUGCGAUCCUGCGUAAGUUUUCUGUCAUUAUGGAUGGAAAUUUGUGAACUGUUGAGAUUUCUGUUAAACACAAAAUUUGAAAUUAAAUACUAAAAUUCUAAUAGUGAAACUCGGAUUAAAAUGGUAACCAAUAGGUCUUCUCUAUAUAGCGGGUAAUACAACUUUGUGACCAACAACAGAGUUCU